UUUUCAGAAUAAAAUACUUUUUAAAAUUAAUUAUUUUCAAAGAAAGACAUACAUUAAAAAUAUCAAAUACAUUAUUCAUAUUUAUCACCAAUAUUAGGUCAUAACUCUGUAAAAUUAGGUCAAAAAUCAAUGAGAGGAACCCUGUAAAGGACAAACUUAAAUAGCUGUUUAGUUUUUGUUAUCACAGGGACAAAGUCUACUUGAAAGAGAGCUCAAACAGUGCCUAGUUGGUUACUCAAUGAUGCUCCAAAGUACAACAGGACAGUUCUAUGGCCGCAUUUUAAAAGCUCUGUACUACCUGAUCACACUUGUGCCAGUGGGAAGGUGAACCAUGGAUCUAGUCAUUGUCUUGGUGCUCAUCCUGACAUGUCUGCUUCUCUUCUCACACUGGAAACGGAGUUCUAAGAGAGGGCAGCUACCUCCUGGACCUACUCCUCUGCCGAUUAUUGGCAAUAUCCACCAGAUAGAUGUAAAAAAUGUUCACCAAGCCUUUACCAAUUUCUCUAAAGUCUAUGGCCCUGUGUUCACUUUGUAUUUGGGCAUGAAACCCACUGUGGUAUUGCAUGGCUAUGAGACAAUAAAAGAAGCUCUCAUAGGUCAUGGGGAGGAGUUUAGUGGAAGAGGAAGAGUCCCAAUUUUUGAUAUGGUUUUAAAAGGCUUGGGCGUUGCUUUUAGCAAUGGAGAUAUGUGGAAAGAAUCAAGGCACUUCUCACUCUUAACCCUGAGGAAACUGGGCAUGGGGCAAAGGAGUAUUGAGAACCGUAUUCAAGAGGAAGCACAGUUCCUUGUAGAGGAGCUGAAGAAAACCAAUGGCUCACCCUAUGAUCCCACCUUCAUCUUGGCCUGUGUUCCCUGCAAUGUCAUCUGUUCCAUUAUUUUCCAAAGUCGUUUUGAAUAUAAAGAUCAGGUUUUUGUUAGCUUGAUGGAAAAACUGAAUGCAAACUCUAAGAUUCUGAGCUCUCUCUGGGUGCAGGUUUGCAAUAUUUUCCCUGUUCUGAUUGAUUAUUGUCCAGGAAAUCAUAACACAUGGUAUAAAAAUUUUACUUAUAUUCAGAGUUACCUUUUGACAAAAAUAAAAGAACACGAGGAAUCCUUGGAUGUUACCAACCCACGGGACUUUAUUGAUUAUUUUCUAAUUAAAGAAAUGCAGGAAAAUCGCAAUCCACAAUCGAUAUAUACACGUGAAAACCUGAUAGGAUUGUUGACUGAUAUGUUUGUUGGUGGAACAGAUACAAUAAGGUCAACACUGAGAUUUGCUCUUCUGCUCCUACUGAAGCACCCACAUGUCACAGCUAAAAUCCAGGAAGAGAUUGACUGUGUGGUUGGCAGACAACGCAGCCCCUGCUUGCAGGACAGGAAGCAAAUGCCCUACACAGAUGCCGUGAUUCAUGAGGUUCAGAGAUUCAUUGAUAUAGCCCCCAACAACCUACCCCAUGAAGUGACCUGCGAUGUUAAAUUCAGGAACUACCUCAUCCCCAAGAUCACAGAUGAAGUUGACAUAAAUAUGUGAUAAAGUUGAAUUGGUGAAUGGGUGCAAACAUUUCAUUUCUGAUCAAUGGAACUGCAAUAGCCACCUGUCAAACCAAUGUCUUUGGAUAAUUUGGGAAGUAUUUUUAACUAAUUAAGUUGUGGCAAAAGGAUAUUCCUGAGAUAUGAAUUGUGGUUUUUAGUACUGAGGUCUAGCACAGUAUAACAACACUUUACUUAUAAUUUAUAUAUAACUAAAAGGUAAAUAGACUGAAAAUGUGACAGGAAUGGCUAACUACCAAAACAAGUGGAUCAGACUUCAAGAGAAAAGCAGACACACUAAAACUGAUACAAGAGAAAAUAAGUAAUAGCCUUGAACAUAUUGGCGCAAGAGACAAUUUCCUAAACAGAACACAAUAGCACAGGCACUAAGAGGAAUUAGUAAAUGGGACCUUAUGAAACUGAAAAACUUCUGUAAGGCAAAGGACACGCUCAAUAGGAAAAAACAGAAGCUUACAGAAUGGAAAAAAGAUUUUUACCAAUUCAAUAUCUGAUAUAGCUAAAAUCAUAUAUAUAUAUAUAUAUAUAUAUAUAAUUUUAAAAGCUAGAAAUCAGCAAAAAUAACCCACUUAAAAAUAGGGUACAUAUGUAAAAUAGAAUUCUCAAUAGAGGAAUCACAGUGACUGAGCAAACCUUAAAUUUUCAAGAUCCUUCACCAUCAGGGAAAUAUAAACCAUAAGUAUUUUGAGAUUCCAUCCUAUACCUGUUAGAAUGUCUGAUCAAUAACACAAGUGACAGUUCAUGUUGGCAAGAAUUUGAGCAAGCUGGACGCUCCAACAUUGCUGGUGGGAGUACAAACUUUUAAAUCCACUAUAGAAAUUAAUAUGCACAUUGCUGUGAAUAUUGUUAAUCAAUCUACCUCAAGAAUCUAAUUUUCCUCUGAUGGGCAUAUAUUCAAAAAGAUGAUUCAUCCUACCAAAACCACAUUUGCACAACUAUGUUCAUAGCAGUUUUGUUUAUAAGAUCCAUGAGCAGGAAACAAUAGAUUGCCCCUAAGAAAAAUUGUGGUCUCUGAAUAUUAUAGCAUAAAAUUUGCAGGCAAAUGGAUGCAACUAGAAAAAAAUCAUUCCCAGUCUCAGAAAAGACAAACAUGAUAUUUACACACUUAUAAAUUGAUAUUAGCUAUUAAUUAAUGGGUAACUGUUAAUCCACAGACCCAGAGAGGCAAAUAACAAGGAGGGGUUAAGGGGGAAUACACGGAUCAGACUGGGAAGAGAGGUAGAAUAGAUUUGGUGGGUACAGAAGGCCAUUGGAAUGGGGAAAGGAGGGAUCAUGUGUGUGAGGGUAAUGGAAGGAGAGUGUAUGGGGCAAGAUGGCUGAAAUUUUGUGGUAUUUUGGGGAUCAUAGUGAAAACCUAGUACAUGGGAAAAUCCCUGGAAUCUAUAGGUGUAUUUUUAGGAGCCCUAAUCAUAGGGGCUAAGGAGCCUAAAGCAAGCAUCUUCUGUUAGCAGACAAAGCUUCCAGUGAGGGACUAGAAUACUAAUUUGGCUACAAAUCCUUUGACCAACCAUUUGUCCUGCCUACAAGAUGUUCUCGGGUAAUGAUAGCUCUGAACUUGUGGGAGUGGCCAACCAAUGACUUGUCUAAUUGAGGCCCAUGCCAGGAUAGGAGAACCAAGUCAAAUACUGCCUGGAUGAAUGCACAGGAAACAACAGUCAAAUGACCCAGAGACCUAAGGAAGAAUGAAAAAGAACUGGCAAAAAAUAAAAAUAAUAAGAGAUUAUUUUUAAUGAUAUUCUGCUACAUAGAUCAGUUGUCGUCAGAGAGGCUUCCUCUAGCAGGUGAUGUGAACAGAUGCAGACUGACAGUGAAACCUUAGGCAGAGUUUUGCAAAUCUUGUGGAAGACAAGGAGUGAGGAUGGUAGGAGUCCGAGGAGUCACAGAUGCCAGAAGAACACAGCCCACAGAAUUAACUAAAGAGGGCUCAAAGGGGCUCACAGAGACUGAAGCAGCCAUCAUGAUGCCUGCAUGGAUCUGCAAUAUGUUCUAUGAAACUAUGCUUUGGUUGUUCAUCUUGGGUUUCUAGUGGAGCUCCAAACAUUGGCAGUGCAGUUAUCUCUGGCACUUUUUCUUGUUCGUUGUACACUUUUCCUCCUAUUAUGUUUUAUCUUUAUGUCUUGAUAUGGGGAUUUUUGGGUAGCUGUAUUGCAUAUUUUAUUCUUUGCUUAGUUGACAUCCCUGGGAGGCCUGACUUUUCUGAAGGGGAACAGAGUGGCAGUGUAUCUGAAAGAGAGGGUAGUUUGGGAGACUAAAAGGAUUGGAAGGAGAGGACAAUGCAGAAUAUGAGAGAAGAAUAAAUUUAAAAUGAGAAUA